GUCGUACAUUGGCAAGUGUCCUGUUCACCAGGAGAUCAACACCAAGGGCCUUCAGAUACUCAAAAUGACCAGUUUGGCCGAAAAACAGAAAACAGUCGAGGACCUACGUCCACCCACCCAGGACUACAGUCACCAAGACAGUCUAUUCGGGAAUGCCUUUUCUUCGAGGUCCAAUUUCAUCGUGCACCCCGAAUGGCUGUCCGAGAAUGUUGACCCUCCACUGUCACGACCGAUGAAUCGUCCUCCUUGGCCCUGGGAGCAGCCCAAGUACCGCCAGAACAUCAAACUCUCCCAACUUAACGGCAAUAACAACACAGACGAGAAAACCAAUAAAAACGGAACAGGAAAUGGUCAGACCAACGAAACUGAGAACACUGGUGGAUACGAAGUUCAGGAAAAUGGGUACGCACCUGUACCCAAAUAUCCUCCUAGUCUGUAUUGUUUUGGACAGAACUCGGCGUAUAUGGACGCAAACGGAAGCCCAGCUUUAUAGAAUUGUAGCAAAAAUUAAUAUGAGCAUGGUCACAUCACGCAAGCAAGAACUAACAAAAAUACACAUGUAGUCAUAUUACCAACAUAUAGGUAAAUUGUUAAGCGUUGGUAAACAUUCGUAAGGCUUUACAUGACGCUUAUUGCAAGGCAAGUUAGAUUCCAAAAGUCUUUAGGAUACACUUGAAAUUAUGAGUUAUGUAUCAUGAUGAAGCAACAGUACUGUAUGAUGCUGAUAUCGGUGUUAGGUAAUUAUACAUGUGUUUAGAGAAUCCUAAGACAAAGCGUUGCUCAUGCAUCCUCAUAUCAAAAUCUUUAAAAACUAUUGUAUUUUUCAUUAACAAGUAAAACAUUUAGAAAUUAUUGCUUGCUAAAACAAGUUUCAAUCAUGACUUACAAAAGAUAUGACAACGUCACUGCGAUAAGUACAAGACGAUAUACCAACGUUUCUGGGAUUAGUACAGUAUUUGGCUACAUGCAUACUCGUUUGAACUAUUAUGUAUUUCAAUCUGUGUACGGCUUUCUGUGCUUCUCGGUGUUAAGUUCAUUCAUUCUCUGGACUAAGUAAAAAAAUGUAUAUGUACUGUAUAUCAGAUACUAGUCCAACAUCUCACUACGAAACAAAGUCUUUUUAAACAAGUAUUUACUUCCGGUUAUCAGUGUGUUGUUACCUCGGUUGUCGAUCUAUCGGGUUCACUCGAUCAGGCGUGUGGAGUCACGUUCUGAUAUCGAUCAUUGGUAAUGAUGUCUGAUAAUCCCUGUGAAAUAAUUUUACCUGUGUUUUUAUCUACCUGUAUCAAUUUAUGUUCGUCUUUUGUUAUGUCUAUAUUGUUUCUAUAUACCUCAAUGAUAAAGUCGUUAAUCAUGUUUCGAAACACUUCACUAUCAAUAAUAUCGAUACCAAUUAAAUGAUAACACUGAAUAUUACAUAAACUAUCUAAGUAUUUUUGAUUGUACAAGUAACUAGUGUUUAUAUAUCAAUGUCAGUUUUCAUUUAAAUUUGAUGUUAUUUACUUACCAGAACAUAAGUUCUGAGGAAGUUCUCAGUAAAGCUGUUUGUGAUAUAAGUGAACGAAUGUUGAAAAAUGAAUAGAUGAUAACUUGACGAGUAUAUUAGGCAAGUUUUUUUUAUCAAUAUAACAUACUUUUUUUAAAAGAAUUGUGUGUGCUGAAAUCAUAGCAACAUUCAUAUCAUUGAAUAGAAGCUGAUCGAAAGUGUAAAUGUAUAUCACAAGUUCGUUUUAUACACAGCGAUACGGCACCGUUUGCUUGACAGAAGAAACAGGCGUUUUAAAAAAUCAAUAUUCUACGUUUUGCAGUCCCACUUUCAAAUAUAUUAACCAUAUGUUAUUCAUACAUUAUCCAAGUUUAUGUACAGAAGUUAAAACAAAGGACUUGGUCAAUAUUAUAACACAAGUGUUAUCAUUCCUAUUAGUGGUUCAAACGCUGUAACGAGAUAUAUUUGCACAACCAUUUGCUGAAUGUAAUUUAGUAAACUCAAUUAACUAUCAAUAAAAUGUUAAUAUCACUUACGGGUGAAUAUAUAUCAAAAAUAUUAAUUGAAACAUUUUGCAAACUAAGAUUUAAACAGUUUCUCCCUAAACAAUGUUGCUUAUCUGUAAAAUGUCAAUUCACUUUUUCCCUGAUGUGUAUCAGUUAUGGUUAGAGAAGUACAUUACUAUCUUUAGAUCUAUAUAAUUAAAGCUGUUACUUCAUGUUAAUUUUAGACUGUCCCAGAUGACAAGGUUUAACAUAAAAACAAUCAAAGGAAAUAUGUUUUAAAUUGAUUCAAACACAGUCGGUCGCAGCAAAUAAAAAGAACCAUUUCAAUACUUCCAAUUUAUUUGAUGUUGAAUUAAUUAAUCUACAACAAAAUUUAAAAAAAAAAAAUCAUGGAUCUAUGUGAUAACAAUAUGGUAUAUUUUGUAAAUACCUGUAAUUCACAAUUGUUUAAAGUUUGUCGUCCAUAACGUAAAUGGACAGUUCUAAGUAAAUGUACAAUACAGUAUUUAGUCCAAUAGCCAUUCUACAAAUGUUUUGAUUUGAUGUUGUUAUUGCUGUUUUGCUUUACUCGUUGUUAGCUAAUAUAUAGACUAGUGCAUUAAAACCGCGACACAGUAUUUUUGUUGUCAGAAUUGCUCAUUUUAAACAGUAUUAAAUAGAUACUGCCAUAUGUUAAGAGAGUAUUGUUUGAUGGAAUUGUUAUGUUGUACUUUGUAAAUAUUUAACUAUUUAUUCGAAAACAACUUAGGAAUAAAGUAAAUUAUAUUUUU